CGCAAUCGCAUCGGAACAGUUCAGGGAGUCGGGGAGGUCCGUGGUAAGGAAUAAACAGAGUGAAGAGACCGCGCGAGAGACGAAGAGUGGGGAAAGAGAGAGGGAGCAAGAGAGAUAGAGAACGAACAGGCAGUGAGACGAUCACGAUGCACGGAGGCGAGCACAAGCGGCCAGGGGCACAGGGCUGAGGGCUGAGGGCUCGACAGGGCCUGGAAUAACGUUCACGGGACGGCCGCGGGCCAGCCAGCAGCAAUGGAACAGGCGAAAACUCCCGCGUCCCGGCUACUUAGCACGAGUUGCAUAGAGAAUAAGGACGACUUGGAAGAGAAAUUUGAAAGAUGUUAUACAGUGCUUCAGAACCUGACUGCAGGACUGUCAGAAAAAGAAGCCCAUGAUACGCUAAACAAUGCUGUGUGUAAGGAUAAAACACACGAAGAAGUUUCAUUAGGGUUGUUGGUAGUCAUUCUGACAGAUCCCCAGAGUGCUGCAAAAAGUUAUAGAGAUUUGACAUUAAUUACCAGAGAUGGUCUUGCAAUUGUAUUAGGACAUCUUAAUCAAUUAGUACUUGAAAGAUACCUGCGACUGAAUGAUGUGACCAGAAGUCAGCUAUUAUGGCUGCUAAGAGAGAUGAUAAGAACUAGUGUAGCUAGCGUGGAUAACCUUUGUUUAAGUUUAUUAAGGCAUGCAGCAGGUGGAGAUAUUUCACCAAGAAAUUUAUUUUUAGUUGAUGCACUUUUAGAUAUUUUUCAAGAGAAUAGGCCUUGGUUGGAUAAGUUUCCUUUUUUAGUAGCAUCAAUUGUUUAUACUUAUUUGCGAUUAAUAGAAGAUCAUAAUGCACCUCAUUUAUCCGGUUUGCGUCAGAAAGAAGUUACCUUUACUGUAUCUCUGAUUAGAGAACGUAUGGUUGAUUGCUUAGUUAUUGGAAGGGAUUUGGUACGCUUAUUGCAAAAUGUUGCCCGAAUACCGGAGUUCGAGGCACUUUGGAAAGAUAUGCUUCUAAAUCCAAAAUCACUUUGCCCAAAUUUUAACGGAGUCCUUCAACUUUUACAAACUAGAACUUCUAGAAGGUUUCUACAAUCGAGACUUACUCCAGAUAUGGAAAGAAAACUAGUAUUUUUAACAAGUCAAGUUCGUUUUGGUAAUCACAAACGAUACCAAGAUUGGUUUCAAAGGCAGUACCUGGCCACACCAGAAUCGCAGUCAUUACGAUGCGAUCUUAUACGAUUUAUCGUUGGUGUUAUUCAUCCGACAAAUGAGUUGUUGUGUUCAGAUAUUAUACCGCGGUGGGCAGUAAUAGGCUGGUUAUUCACCACUUGCACAUCAACUGUAGCUGCAAGUAACGCUAAGUUGGCAUUAUUUUAUGAUUGGUUAUUUUUUGAGCCAGAAAAAGAUAAUAUUAUGAAUAUCGAACCGGCAAUUCUUGUAAUGCACAAUUCUAUGAGAUCCCAUCCACCUGUCACUGCCACAUUGCUAGACUUUUUAUGUAGGAUAAUACCAAACUUUUACCCACCUUUAACCGAGAAAGUGAGGAAUGGAAUCUUUUCGUCGUUAAGACAAAUUUUAGAGAAAAGGGUUUUGCCAAGUCUUUAUCCUCUAUUUGACAGUCCGAAGUUAGAUCGUGAAUUAAGGAGUAAAAUAAGAGAAACGUUUAAGGAAUUCUGCUUACCACCUAAUGCAGAUCCCGCAGGAAAUAAGGUUCCUGUAUAUUCAGGUAAAAUGGAGGAACUUAAUAAGGAUCUUACACCAGGAGCCAUACUGGAGAAUGCAGCAAAUGCGCCAGUUGAAAACAAUCACGUAAAUCAAGACCCAGAACCAGCUUUCAGUGAUGAAGAAGAAGAGAUACCGCUAAGGAUAGUGACUAAAGUAGAAGAAGAGGAUGAAGAAGAUGUUCCAUUAGCGAAUGUGAAAUUGAAGAACGAACAGAAAAAUACAAACUGUGUUGUGAAAAAAGAAGACAUUACAUCUCAGUUAAAUUUAAUUUUAGAACCAGAAUUAAGGACUGCUGUGGACAGUUUGCACAGUGAAACAGACAAUGAAGUGAGGUGUCAGACAAUGGAAAGGAUAGUACAAAUGGUGGUAGAAGAUGAAAUAGACGCGGAAACUAUACCAGGAUUGGCUUCUUGCAUAUCAACUAUCUUAUCCUCACAAAUUACCUCCCAAAUAUUUCCAACAGAUAAUUUGAAUGAAGAAGCCUUGACUGAUAGUAUAAGCACACCGUUGUUCGUUAUGUUUCGAAAUCAGUUUCAGUUGUGUAAAGAAGAGGACAAUAGGCGGAAGCUUCUAGCUCGGGUAUUAGCAGAGAUGCAAAACGUCCAACCAAGAAUAGGUUAUCUUUUACUUUACUUUUUGAAAGUAUGGGGCAGGGAAGAAGAAAAGCGAGAAGGUGAACCAAGUAAUGUAUUAAAUGAUGUUAAGGCGUCGGUAUAUAAAGAUUUUUGUGCGCAUCGGGAAAAGAAGUUAGAUGCCUGUUUGGUAUCUGAUUUAAAGCUGUGCCACGAGGAUAACAUAUUUAUGCUUUGUUAUCUUGUGCCUGAUGUAUACAUGGGAUUUCAAAAUGUGACUUUAGGAAAUGUUCAGUUAUUGCAUUUGGUGGUGUCGACCGUUGAUGCAUGUCAAUUACAAGAAUUAGUCUGUCAAAUAAUGCAAGGUCACUUAAAAAUGUUAAAGAAGGAAUCAUUUACGUCAUUAUUAACAGCAAGUUUAAAUUGGGAAACAUUUGAACAAUACUGUUUUUGGCAACUUAUUUUUGCCCAUGACUUUCCAAUCGAUUAUGUACUGCCUGUUUUACCUAAACUACAAUUCCGUGAUCAUGCAGAAGCAUUAACAUCGAUAUUGCUUAUGCUGAAACAAGAAAAGCCAACGUUAGAACUUUUACGACAAUUGCUUGCACGACAAAACGUGGACGGAGACAUGUUCGUUGUAGCAGCGUUACGUUAUUGGUGUCGCGAUUACGAAGAAAAACUUGGAGAAUUGCUUGCGAAUCUUUUAAGCACUCGUUAUCCUGCUACUAGUCCAAAUAAAAGAAAACGAUCGGGUGGUAAACACAACCAACAACCUGGUCCACCCAGCGGUGAACAGGUCCUUGGGCAUUUGGAUCAAUUACGACAACAUUGCACAUCGUCUGCUGAAUUGCAGCUGUAUCAUUCCGAAGGAAUGCAAAGAGCUUUGCAACAAGCACAAGCGGCUAGUAGCGAUUCGUUAAGAAAAAGUUAUGGAGAUUUAUUCGCUCUGGCGGAAGUUAACGAGGAAAAUGAGCCUCCCCCACCUCCGCCAACAAGUUCAGCACGAAAACAUGCAGCAGCGUCGACUGGAGCCGGCGGAGGUGCUGGUAAAGGAGGUCAUAGAAAAACUGGUGCUAAUACGAGGGAAAGAUCUAGUUCCAAAAGGCCGCCUCCUCGGUAUCAUCUUACCAGUACAUCUAGCAGUGAGGAGGAAGAGAUCGUGAAUUUAAAACAAGCAAAAAAGAGAAAAAAAAUUAAUCCAGUGGGUUCUGACAGCGACUGACCACCCAGUGUCUUCAAACGUCACAUGGACCACGUCACGUGUGUGCAGCAAGCUAAACUAGCCCUAAGAAUAGUAAGAUAAUAUAGUAUAUAUAAUAGAUCUCUAUUUAGCGCGAUUUGUAAAUAUAGUAUAUGUCGAGAGUGAAUGCGAAACAAAUACCGAUCAUGUGAUCUUGCACAUAUUUCGCAGGCACAGUACAUUAACAAUGUUGACAGAUUCUUUAUUUCCAUUAAUUCCAUUAUUUGUGUCAAAUACAUUCUAACGAAAAAGAAGAUAUAUAUAUAUGUAUAUAUAUAUAUCUAGGAUAUAUGUGAUAUUUAAUGCGAAGAAAAAAAAUUUAUAAAUACUGGUUAUAGCUUUUCUAGGUAAAUACAUAUGACAGAUCAACUUGUCAUGACACGUCAAUACUCUGGACUUUUAUUUAAAGGAGUAAAGAGGGUUUUUGUAUCAUUUAUCUGUCAGAUAAAGUUACCGAGAGGCAAAACUAGUCAUAAAUUAAAUUAUAUUUUGAUAUACUCUUAAAUAUACGAGGGCAUGGAUUUAAGAGUAGAAAAUUGAAUCUGACAACAUUGUAGAAAGGGAUAAAGUGACACAAAUGUUCUCUCUGUGAUCACUUUGUUUCUAACAAAGAGAAAAAUCCAUUAUUCGUUAUUCAAUUUUGUGGUUGACCUCGAGGAAUGCGGACACGAUUGUAUUUAGAAUUAUUUCGUAAUUUGUUUAUUAAUUUUGUGACUAGUAUACUUGACCCUAUUGUCCAAAUUUCUGUCACUUCGUUUUUUUUUUUUUUUUUUUUUUUCAUUAUGCGGUAACUAUCGAUAAGGACUCGCGUCUCACAAAACAAUCAACGAGGGGGAGAAAUGGUUACUUUUGUUGCCAUAAACUGUGAACGCAAUUUGUACGGAAUCGUUAAAUAGCUUUUUAUUAGAAUUAAGGACCUUCUGCAGGAGAACAAGGAUGUAUCAAUAAUGUCUCGCUCCAGCACGAAGCGUACAGUUUUACGACCAAAUGUAUUUUACGUCUGCGCUUAGUAAGCAUAAUCAUUCUAAAGACGCAAAAAAAAUUUUUUAUAUUUUGCACGAUGGAAGGUUGUCCGUUUUUUUUUCUAAAAUCUAACGUUGAUGAAUAAAAAUACGAUCAGUUUCUAUUUUAAUCGUAAUAUUUACGAUAUAGUUAUAACCACGAAAAUAAUACGUCUUUCGUUAAAUCGAUUUAAAAUUCGUGACAGUAUUUUAUUUAAUAUUUCUUAUCAUUCGUGAAAGUAAGAUACGAUUCAGGAGAGACACCUUCCAACGAGCAUAGAACCAGGCGUCAUGUACACUUAAGUCCUAGAAAAUGUAAGUAUGAAGUAUCAUUGUUCACCUCUGUACAUUUCCUGUAAAAUCGGUUACUUGUAAGCAUAUUAUAAGUAGCUGCGUUAUGUAUUUUCUAGUUUGUACAUACCAGAGAGAGAAAGAACGUGUGUAUUGCAUACAUGUGUAUAUUUGAAACUACCUACAUAAUGCGCGACAAAUUUUUCAGAAAUUCUUAGUAAAAUUUGUUAUUUUUUUUCUUAAUUAAGAAAUUUUGUAUUUCUGCAUGAAUCUGAUUUUAGUAAAAAGUUAUGCAAGAAUUGUGUCAUACAACAGGAAGAGAUGACGCGUAAAAGGGUAACACAAUGGCGUCUUAGCGACAAAUUUUUUUACUUAACGCGCAUGGUGUACGUAUGUACCAGCCAUUUGUAAUGGUGUAUAAAAUAAGGUGUGAUAGUCGAUAUUGUUAUUAGGUUUUUCUACUUGUACAUAAAUUUGCGGCGUUAUGCAAGAAUAAUUUAAAAACGACGAUGAUUAAUCGCGAGAGGAUAAUAUACGACAAGUAUGACUGUGUGCGAGCAUGCGCGAAUGAAAGACAAACGGACACAGAUGAGAACAUAAACGCGAAAUUAACGAUGCGCGAGGCAAUACGAAAACAAAAUAAAAAAAUAGACCUGUAAACAUUUAAUGUUUUUAACGAUCUUGUACACACAAAUACACGUGUAAAUACAUGAAUAUAUAUAUUAUCGUAACGCGAGCAUAAACAUUUAAUGUUUUUAACGAUCUUGUACACACAGAUACACGUAAAUGUAAAUACAUCGAAAAAAAAUUACCGGAAGUAAA